AUGGAUUUGGAGUGUUCUUCUUUCUUCGUCACCCAAGACGAGUUCAAUCUGUUCCACAGAAUAGAUAGACAACUGUACAAGAUCCUCGUGAUGAUUCUCUUCCGUGAACCAGGCGAAUGCAUGCAAGUCCAUGCCUUGUGGCUGUGGCUGGAGAGGGUGGGGUUUCGCAAUGUGGUGAAGAGGGUAUUGGCCUUACCCAACAUCUUGAUCAACGAAGUUGCAGACGAAACCGUCUUGUGUCUGAACUGUAUUAACAACAGUAAUUUCAUAGCACCUCCUUCCUCUUUCGAGAACAGUGAGAUUCCCCUUCUGCAGAGUCUAGUGGACAAGGAAAUCUCACUUCAGUUCUUGUAUGAAAACCGCGUUAGCGCACUCCAAGGUGUGGCAAAAGAGAUGCAAGAUGUGUGUGUGAGGGCUUUCACUGACAUUAUGCAGCAAGCCAUCAUAAGAAACUCCAAUGAUAGAGUUGUGGAAGCUCAAAAGGUGGUGCUGAAACCCAGUUCAGAGAAUCAGAACCAGAACCCUUUGUGGUUUGGCUCAAUUGGACCAUUGAAUUCAAGGGUUGAAGUUCCAGCUGAUGAUAGAACAUUGUUUGUGACGUUCUCGAAGGGGUAUCGCGUGGAGGAGUGGGAAGUCAGAGAGUUCUUUACCAUAGCUUAUGGAGAUUGUAUUGAGGCACUGUACAUGCAGGAAGUGCAAUCAAAUGAACAAGCACUAUUUGCUCGCAUUGUUUUUCGCAUUGCUUCCACCAUUGACAUGAUUCUCAGAGGAGCAAUCAAAGCCAAAUUCACCAUCAAUGGAAAGCAUGUAUGGGCUCGAAAGUUCGUACCCAAACGAAUUGUUGCAAGGAGUAUGCUGACAACAACGCUCAGCAACUUUUCCGGGGAAGCCUCGAACACAAGAUCCUAG